UUUAUGGGCAAAAAUCUCAUAUGGGACACCAUGGUUCUUCUGUUAAUUCGCAAGGAAACGAGAAGAAUGAGAAACCAGCUGAUUCUUUAAUGAAAGCCAAAACCGAAAAGCUGGAGGGUGAGAAUGAGAAACAGAAUCUGGCUAAUGGAGACCAAUAUUCCCUCCUUUAUUAAAGCAAUGUAGGUGGUGUUUGGACGUGCACUUGGACGGUACCAAUUUUAUAGCAAAAAUCAAUGAUGAGACUCUUGUAGUUGCCGACGAGAGCUGAAGUAAAGCUAAAGCGUGACGAUAAAAACCCCAUUGAGGAUAAUUGGAUAAGUAGACUGCACUCCCCCUCAGAUCGACCUUUUCAUCACCUAUCUUCUUCCAUGAAACUACUUGUGAUCGAGGCCCAAACAACACGAAAAUUAUUUAAUUUGUUCAGAAAUCCAUGGACAAUUAAGAAGACCCAUUUAUAAACAAGAAGCUCAAUCGAUCAAUUUGUCAUUCCAUUUCUUUUGCAGCUAUAGACUCCAUCCCCUUCUGUCGCCAUGGCCAAGUCCUUCUCUUCUUUCAUUAUUUUCUUAACCUUUCCCCUUCUUCUUCUUCUUCUUCUUCUUCUUUUCAUUAGGCCUCGCAGCUGCAAGUAGCAAACCUCGUGGCUUUGUUCGAACUCUCUUGCCGGAGUCCAUGGGGCUUAAGCGAGAAAAGAUAACCCACCUUCACUUCUACUUUCAUGACAUUGUUAGUGGCCGCAACCCGACGGCCAUCCAAGUUGCAGCGGCAGCAUCAACCAACAGAUCACUGACAAGGUUUGGCUUGGUGGUAGUGCUCGAUGAUAUCUUGACUGAAACUCCAGAGCUGACCUCAAGGCAAGUUGGAAGAGCUCAGGGGAUGUGCAGCUUCGCAUCACAAGGUGAUUUGAGCUUGUUAAUGGUCUUGAACUAUGCCUUCACUCAUGGGAAAUACAACGGAAACACACUCAGCAUCCUUGGAAGGAACUCUGUACUUUCCGAGGUGAGAGAGAAGCCGGUGGUCGGAGGGAGUGGGCUUUUCAGGUUCGCUCGUGGCUAUGCUCAGGCAAAGACUCACACUCUUGACCCUAAAACCGGAAAUGCAGUUGUGGAGUAUAACGUUUUUGUAGUCCAUUAUUGAGUUUGAGCCUCAAUAAUACAUAGAAACCACGUAUUCGUUUUCUUCUGAUUUCAGAUAAGCGUUAAUGGAGAUGAUCGAUUUGUAUUAUUUGUGGGAUUUGAAUCUUUUUAUUCAACAGAGAAAACUUAAAUUUGGCGUU